CAACCGCUGACUGGCUGUGGCUAAAAUUAGCCUAGCUAUCUGCCUCUGCAUUGUUUUCUUCUGUUAUGUUUCCGGGGGGGGGAUUAUUUUUAAGCCCCGCCUACCCAAACUCAUGAUUUGUUGAGAGAGAUUUACAUUGACAUUUUAGUCAUUUAACAGAAGCUCUUAUCCAGAGCGACUUACAUUAUAUAUAUUUUUCAUACCCCCUGUGGGAAUCGAACCCACAACCCUGGCGUUGCAAACGCCAUGCUCUACCAACUGAGCUACAUCCCUGCCGGCCAUUCCCUCCCCUACCCUGGACGACGCUGGGUCAAUUGUGCGCCGCCCCAUGGGUCUCCCGGUCGCGGCCGGCUGCGACAGAGCCUGGAUUCGAACCAGGAUCUCUAGUGGCACAGCUAGCACUGCGAUGCAGUGCCUUAGACCACUGCGCCACUCGGGAGAUAGUUUGUCUGUCUGAAGCGCACCCGCUCCGAAUUGGCCAAGAAAACCCGACAUGAGUUCCAGACCUAGUGCUGUUGCCGUACGUCUGGGGUAUCGAGACUAUUUAGAACCUAGUGCUGUUGCCGUACGUCUGGGGUAUCGAGACUAUUUAGAACCUAGUGCUGUUGCCAUACGUCUGGGGUAUCGAGACUAUUUUAACCUAGUGCUGUUGCCAUACGUCUGGGGUAUCGAGACUAUUUAGAACCUAGUGCUGUUGCCAUACGUCUGGGGUAUCGAGACUAUUUAGAACCUAGUGCUGUUGCCGUACGUCUGGGGUAUCGAGACUAUUUAGAACCUAGUGCUGUUGCCGUACGUCUGGGGUAUCGAGACUAUUUUAACCUAGUGCUGUUGCCGUACGUCUGGGGUAUCGAGACUAUUUUAACCUAGUGCUGUUGCCGUACGUCUGGGGUAUCGAGACUAUUUUAACCUAGUGCUGUUGCCGUACGUCUGGGGGUAAUCGAGACUAUUUUAACCUAGUGCUGUUGCCGUACGUCUGGGGUUAUCGAGACUAUUUUAACCUAGUGCUGUUGCCGUACGUCGGGGGUAUCGAGACUAUUUUAACCUAGAUGCUGUUGCCGUACGUCUGGGGUAUCGAGACUAUUUUAACUUAGUGGCUGUUGCCGUACGUCUGGGGUAUCGAGACUAUGUUUACCUAGUGCUGUUGCCGUACGUCUGGGGUAUCGAGACUAUUUAAACCUAGUGCUGUUGCCGUACGUCUGGGGGGUAAUCGAGACUAUUUUAACCUAGUGCGUUGCCGUACGUUCGGGGUAUCGAGACUAUUUUAACCUAGUGCUGUUGCCGUACGUCUGGGGUAUCGAGACUAUUUUAACCUAGUGCUGUUGCCGUACGUCUGGGGUAUCGAGACUAUUUAGAACCUAGUGCUGUUGCCGUACGUCUGGGGUAUCGAGACUAUUUUAACCUAGUGCUGUUGCCGUACGUCUGGGGUAUCGAGACUAUUUUAACCUAGUGCUGUUGCCGUACGUCUGGGGUAUCGAGACUAUUUAGAACCUAGUGCUGUUGCCGUACGUCUGGGGUAUCGAGACUAUUUUAACCUAGUGCUGUUGCCGUACGUCUGGGGUAUCGAGACGUUUUAACCUAGUGCUGGGUUGCCGUACGUCUGGGGUAAUCGAGACUAUUUUAACCUAGUUGGCUGUUGCCGUACGUCUGGGGUAUCGAGACUCAUGUAGAACCUAGUGGCUGUUGCCGUAACGUCUGGGGUAAUCGAGACUAUUUUAACCUAGUGCUGUUGCCCGUAGUCUGGGUAAAAUCGAGAACUAUUUAACCUAGUUCUGUGGCGUGUACGUCUGGGGUAGCGAGACUAUUUUAACCUAGUGCUGGUUGCGUUACGUCUGGGGUCUCGAGACUAUUUAACCUAGUGCUGUUGCCGUACGUCUGGGGUAUCGAGACUAUUUUAACCUAGUGCUGUUGCCGUACGUCUGGGGUAUCGAGACUAUUUUUUUUUUUGAACCAAUGAGAUGAACAAGUACAUCAGUUAGUUGAUUUGAGUUAAUGGUCUGCUAACCGUACCUAACGUAACCAUGUCUGCCUCCUAAAUGGCGCCCUAGUCCCUGUUUUAGUGCACUGCUUUUGAGCCUUAGGGAACAGGGGCUGUUUGGGAUGCAGACAUGGUUCGGGUUAGAGGUACGGUUAGCAGAGCUUCUCAAAACAGUGCAUGGGACCCCCAGCCGUUCCCCAUAAAGGGCUCUCACAGGAGAAUAAAGCUACUCGACUCGACUCUAUUUUAUACUUUAUUCUAUUCUGUUUUCAUCUGGGUGCUAAGCAACAGCAUUAUCAAAGAUGAUAUUGACUUCCUGUAUCUCCCGACAGAAACAGGAAGUGAAGUUCUUGAUCUGUACAGAUGUGGCGGCCAGGGGCAUCGACAUCCACGGAGUCCCCUACGGUGAGAGAGACACACACACAUCACACACACACACAUCACACACACACUCUCACACACACACACAUCACACAUCACACACACACACACCACACACACAACACACACCUCACAACAUCACCCACCAGCACACCACUUCACACACACCACAAUCACACACUCCACACCACAUCACACAUCACACACACACACAUCACACAUCACACACACACACACACACACAACAACAGAUGGAACCUCCUUUUCAGGUUCAAGUCAUCCUAUUGCUGUUUAAUCCAUUUUGACCCCGAUCAAUUUUAUCAAAAAUCAAUGUGUUCCAGUGAUCAACGUGACUCUGCCAGAUGAGAAGCAGAACUAUGUCCAUCGCAUCGGCAGAGUGGGGAGAGCAGAGAGGUCAGUAAUAUCUAGCCUGGUGGGGAGAGCAGAGAGGUCAGUAAUAUCUAGCCUGGUGGUCAGUAAUAUCUAGCCUGGUGGUCAGUAAUAUCUAGCCUGGUGGUAAGUAAUAUCUAGCCUGGUGGUCAGUAAUAUCUAGCCUGGUGGGGAGAGCAGAGAGGUCAGUAAUAUCUAGCCUGGUGGUCAGUAAUAUCUAGCCUGGUGGUCAGUAAUAUCUAGCCUGGUGGUCAGUAAGAUCUAACAUGGUGGUCAGUAAUAUCUAGCCUGGUGGGGAGAGCAGAGAGGUCAGUAAUAUCUAGCCUGGUGGUCAGUAAAAUCUAGCCUGGUGGUCAGUAAUAUCUAGCCUGGUGGUCAGUAAUGUCUAGCCUGGUGGUCAGUAAUGUCUAGGUAUUGCCAGACUACACUGGGAGAACUACACUAGUGGAUGUAUCAGGCUUGGGGCCGUUUUCCCAGACACAGAUUAGAGAAUCUGCAUUGACGAUGCUUUUAGUCCUGAACUAGGCUUAAUCUGAGUCUGGGAAAACCACCUCUAGAAAGACUCGUCUUAAAUUUGUCUUUUAUCUUUCAGGAUGGGUUUGGCCAUCUCUCUCGUUGCCAUGGAGAAAGAGAAGGUAAAGCCAUACAUCAGAAUAUUUGUUGAACAUGUGUCAUCUCACAUCAACCAGUAGCUGACAGUCAUUGUGUGUUUAGGUGUGGUACCAUACCUGUGCUAACCGGGGCAGAGGAUGUUUCAACACCAGGUUAAAGGAUGAUGGAGGGUGUACCAUCUGGUACAACGAGAAGGAGGUGAGGAAACCACCAGACAACUACGACUCUUCCUCUCCUAUUCACAUUCCCUUUCUCCGCUUUUCUCUCUUUUUCUCUCUCUCUGUCUGUCUCUCUCUGUUCUAUCUCUCUCUCUCUGUUUUGUCUCUCUCUCUGUCGUCUCUCUCUCUCUCUGUCGGGUCUCUCCCCUGGUCGGCUCUUCUCUUGUCUGUCUCAAAAUUCUCCGGGUUUCCCCUUUCUAGCCUUUCCCCUUUUCUACUCUUUUUUUUUCUCUCUCAGUUUCUCCCUUCCUAUUUCUGUUUGGGGCCGUUUUCUCCUUCUUCUUUCUCCUUUCCCCUUUUCUGCCCUUGGGUGGCCCUUUUAAAUUCUCCCUUUCUCUUAUUGCCCGGGGGCCCCUUCUCCGGGUGGUCUUUUCCCUGGGUUUUCUUUUCUCCUUUGGGUCAUUUCUUGUUUUGCCCUCCUUUUGGGGGGGUCCCUUUGGUUUCUCGUUUUCCACCCUUUUGGAAAAUCUCUCGCCGCUUUGUGCCAACUUUUAAAUCUUCUGGGAAAAACCUCCCCUCUCGCUCUUCCCCCAUUUCCCCCCUUUACCCCUUUCUACCAAUAUUCCCCGGGGGGUUUUGGCCUCUCUCUCUUUCCAUCGGGGAUGGGGGUGUGGCCCCCUUCCGUUGGGGGGGUGUCUGCUUUCCCCUCUAUCCCAAACGGGUGGGCAAUUUUUUUUUUCCCUUCCGGAUUGUUCCUCCCCUUUCCUUUCCCCUUUUUCUCCGGGGCGGCGGGCGUCUUUUGGGUUCCUUCCGACUUUGGGGGUUGGGUUGGGGGGUCCUGGUCUCUGGGGGAAAAAACCCGUGGGCCCCAUCCCCCUCCUGCCUUGGGGGCCCAAACCCUCCUUCCUUUUAUUCUUUUUCCCGCCCCAUUCCCCUUUUUUCUCUUUUUUCGGCCUUUUCUCUGCAUUUUCUCUUUUUUUCCCUCUUGUUUUCGCUGUUUUCUCUUCUGUUCUUCUCUUUUCCUGUCUUCUCCCCUUCUUUGUCUGUCUCUCUCCUCUCUCUCCCCUCUUUUCUGCUCUCUCUCUUUUCCCCUUCGCUCUCCCCCUUCGGGCUCUCUUAUGCUCUCUCUCUCUCUUCUCUCUCCCCCUUUUUUGGUCUCUCUCUCAUUUCCCCUCCCUUCUUUCUCAUCCCCCCCCCCCUUCUUUUUUUCCAUCUCUCUGUUUUUCUCUUCUCUCUCUCGUCUCUCUCUCUCUGUCUCUUUUCUCCCCUUUUUCCUCUUUUUUCUUGUCUCUCUCUGCCCUUCUUCUUCUUUCUUUUCUUCUUCUCUCUUUUUUCUUUUUUUGUCACUCUUUUUCUCUCUCUCUCGGGUUCUCUCUCUUUUUUCUCUUCUCUCUCCUCUCGUCUUCUUCUGUUUUCCCCUCUCUCCUUUUGCUUCUUCCUGUUUUCUUCUUUCCUCUUCCUCUUCUGUUCUUUUUUCCCCUUGUCCCCCCCUUUUGCUCCUUUUGUUUUUUCUUUUGGUUGUGGUUUUUCCCGGGUCCCGGGUCUGUUUUCCCUCCCAUCCCUCCCCCCUUUUUCCCCCCCCCCGUCCCCCCCCCCCGGGGGGGACGUUCUGUCUCUCUUCCCCCAUCCCCCUCUCCCCCCCCCUUUUCUCCCUCUCCUCUCUCCCCUCCCCUUCCUUUUUGAUCCCCUUUCUCUCUUUAUUUCCCUCGGGUGUUUGUUUUGGAAAGAAGAGCAUUUAAAGUUACAAUCAACCAUUUGUAAACCCGGACAUCAAGGUUCCGUUGGACGACUUUGACGGCAAGGUCCCCUAGGGCAACCCGCAGGGGCAGCAAAGGUG